GGUCGCGUUGUUUACACACACACACAGCUGGGAAGGUUUUCUGUCAGUGCUCAGGUGCUAUUAUUAUUGCUUAAUGUGCUGAUUAUUGUUAUUAUUAUUUGUAGUCAUGUCUCGAAGUACCGUGGCUGUGGAGAGCUGCUGCUGGGGGCUGUCUCUGGUUGUGGUGCUGUUGUUAGCCCCGUUGCUGCGGUCAAACCCGGGGGUGUCCGGGGAGAUGGUUGCGCUGGUGGAGGUUUUCCUGCGGGACCUGCCCGGCGCGCCCCGACCUGGGUACCGGCUACAGGGGACGGUGCUGGAAAAGACCGCCGCCAGCGAAGGCAAGAGACUCGAAGAGAACCAGGAACUCGCCGAAGGAAGUCUGAUUCUUGUGGAGGACAAGGAGCAGGAGCAGGGCUCCCCAGACUCUCCAGUAAAGAGAGAGGCAGCAGAGCCCUGGAUUGGAGUGGUCCCUGUGGAAGUGGAGCAGACAGAGGCACAGAGAGUCAGCCAGGAGACAUUUGCAGCUGCUGUUGUCAGCAAGAUGAAGCGAGCCCUUGUCUUGGGAGCUUCUGCCCUGCUCAUCCUGGCUCUGAACCAGAACACCAUCAGAGAGAUGGACCUCUCUCAGGUGCUCUCCAAGCCAGUAGUUGUGAUUCAGACGUCAGAAAAUGUCACUAAACUCAUCGGCGCCCUCUUGAGAGGUCUUCGAGCAACUGCAAAAAUCACCUAUCAAUCCAUCCUCCAAGAUAAUCUGGGGGCGACGCUGACCCUGUGGUCAAGCUGCGGCCGGUCCCGGGGAGGGCUGUACGGGGAGUGGCAGGGCGUGAUCUGUACUGGAGAGGCCAACUCACAGGUCCAGAAAUACCUCCAGCAGCUCUGGAACACAAUCCUAUUGGUAGCUCUGAUCUUGUGCACUGGAGUCGUAGUUCAGGCUCGCUGGCAGUACAGGCAUUACCAAUCAAAUGAAGAUCUGGAGUUACAUCCAAAACAUGACAUUGUGAAGCAUCUGGCUGCUCUGAAAACCAGACCGUAUCACCCGCUGGGUGUGCAGGGAGGAGAGACAGAGAACUGUGCCGUGUGUCUGGAGCAGUUUCACAAAAAACAGUGUCUACGGGUGCUGCCCUGUCUUCACGAGUUCCACAGAGACUGUGUCGACCCCUGGCUCCUCCUGCAGCAGACCUGCCCACUCUGCAAGCGAAGCAUACUGGGCAAUUACUCCACAGGCCGCAAAUGAAGUUGGGAUCAAGCAAAUCGUCUCGCCGGCUGUCUCUCUCUGUGCGUCUCUGGGACCAGCACCUGCUUCCAAGGGCUUCUGUGUGAGGAGGGACCCACUCCUCUCACUCAGGUUCUAACAGUGCCAGGCAGCAACCCUCUGUCGCUCCAACUGACAGUGUAAAAGACAACAGCCUUUGUUUGAUUUUGUUAACAAGCGCUAACAAUGAAGACUUCUGAGGGCUCUUUAGAGCAGCCCUAUAAAGUUGCCUUCUGUCAGCUUUUGCAAGAGAGACAAGCCCAUCUCUCACAUGCAUUUAGGUACACUACCCACCAUCAACAAGUAUUGGGACAGAAUGACUGGGUGAGACAUUUUAGAUUUUUUUUUGUACCCCUAAAAUGUGACUACAAUAAGAAAGGUAUUUUGAUACAACAAUUAAUACAGUCAGCAUUGUUUUCAGAAACGCUUUUUGUGGGUAAAGUGAAGAGCAAUUAUCCUGCCCAAUAAUAUUUAGGCUAGCACUGCAUGUGUGGGAGGGAUUGCUUAUUAAAAUCUGUUGCACGUGAUUAGAGAUUAUUCAGGGAUAUUUAGUAACGCAAAACAGGCAACAGAUGACCGAAUUAUUCAAGUGUAAUAGUGUAAGGUAUCUGUUAACAGUUUCUCUAACGGUGACCUGAAGGUUCAGCUUGUCUUUUGAAAUGUUCUAAUUUGAACAAAGUCUUUUUAGGAAAUGCAUUUGUGUUACCCAACUUUCUCAAUAGAGAAGAGUACAGUAAUUAAUUUUAUUACUAAGAGUAUGGUAAAGCUUGUGCUAAAGCCAAUUCUGUCAUACACUCAUCUCUUGCUAAUUUUCUAAAAGGAAAUAUUACUAUAUAAAAAAAAAAUGUAAGGCAGAAAUGUUAGACCAGUGAUGGUCAUUGUGUUUUUUGCAUAGCAUCAAGCAGUGUUUAACAAAAUAGAUUAUGCUAUUCAAUUAACACUCUUUGAAAUGAAGCAUUAUGGCACAACUGGGCGAGUGUCGUUGUGGGAUAUUGCUACAUCUCGAGGUGUGUUGUGAGGCAGCAGGUGAAGCCAAUAUUGAGAUUAUUGAGGUCAUUGGAAACUGAAAACUACUAAACAUAGGUUUAGAUAGAACCUUGAUGAUGUCCUGACAAGUUGCCGUGGCAAUAUCACAUAGCCCAUUGAAAUCAAUAGGAGGAUCCCUAUUUUGAUUAAGAAAAAAGUUUGUGUGGAAAGAUCUGAUAAUAGCCAGGAAGUUUUGUGAAUGUCAAAUCAGUUGUUUAGGUAUUUGUACAACUUUAUUUACAUGCAGACUUGUAUACCUAAAUUAAUAUACAGAACCACCUUAUGGUGUAUUAACACUGCUUGAUGUUACCAUGUAAAUGGAUCCUUUGUGACCCUGCCACAGGAUAUUACCAGUCCCGGGCUGAAUUCAGUGUCCCUGCACUAAACAUGUGCUGUACCUUCCCAGGAGAUGGUAAUAUACUGUUUUGCAGCAGUGUCAAUAUAAUGUUAAUUUAUCUUUAUAUUUAAAAAAUUGAGGUAAAGUUACUAUGUAAAAUAACAUCAUUCCAGUAUAUCCUAAUGUGUGUUUCUGGUUAUUCACUCCAACCCACACUAUCCAGAGCUUCCCUAAUAGUGAUUGUGCUUCAGGAUGAGGUACCUGUAAGAGGGGCGCACAUGCGCAUGUUAUCUCUUACUGGAUGGGUGACAUAUAUACUCAAGUACAUUUCUUUCAAAAUUAUUUAUUAACAUGAAAAGGUCAUCCCAUGAAAAUAUGAGUUGAUCCCGUUCCCACCAUACCGUUUUUGGUGAAAAACACACGUUCUCACAGCUUUACAGUCAUGUGCCAGCCGUUAACGUUCCAGUCCCUCUGUACCAGUAAGUGCAUAUAGUCUUGCCUGAUGUUGGUUUCAGUUAUCAAGUGACUUGAGUUUCGUCUGUUACAUAAUGACUUGGACUGGAGCUAACAUAGCUUGACCAAACAGCAUGACAGCUAAAGCGGUAUCACAUUUAUACACUUAAGAAUGUCUUUUUAAAAUUACAUUUCAUAGGACAGGUACUAAAUUGAAACCAAUUUUAGAUGGAUGUAUUUUUAAAGUAAUUGUGAUCAUGAAUGCCUUAGAUCUCUGUGACCAAAGCCAACCUUGAACCCAUAUUCUUUUCUGCACUGCCCUUCCAUUUCAUUAAUCAAUGAUAUUAAACCUAAUUGCAUGUCA